ACUAAUUCCAUAUCAUAUAAUUCCACCAAGCAAUGCACAUAAUUCCACUCUCAUCUCAAAUGGAAAAGACAAGUUGGUUGCUGGUAGUGGUAGUAGGGGUGGUGCUUAUAAGUUUACUAGGAGGAGCUGAGGGAAGAAAAUCAAGAAUUCUUGAUGAAUCUUCUUACUAUGAUUUAGAAUACUCAGCAAUAAGUUGUAGAGCACACAGUGCAUCCAUAACAGAUUUUGGUGGAGUUGGUGAUGGGAAAACACUCAACACAAAGGCAUUUCAAGAAGCAGUGAAUCAGUUGAGCAAGUAUGCAUCAGAUGGUGGAUCUCAGCUUAUUGUCCCUGCUGGUCAAUGGCUCACUGGUAGCUUCAAUCUUACUAGUCAUUUCACUCUUUUCCUUCAUAAGGAUGCUGUUCUUCUUGCUUCUCAGGAUAUAAACGAGUGGGCUGUUAUAGACCCAUUACCAUCAUAUGGUCAUGGGAGGGAUGCAGCAGGUGGAAGAUACAUCAGUCUUUUAUUUGGAACUAACCUCACUGAUAUUAUCAUCACAGGUGAGAAUGGGACCAUAGAUGGACAGGGUGAGAUUUGGUGGCAGAAAUUUCACAGCAAAAAGCUAAAAUACACAAGGCCUUACCUGAUUGAAAUUAUGCAUUCUGAUAAUAUUCAGAUAUCAGAUCUAACUCUUGUCAACUCUCCAUCUUGGAAUAUCCAUCCUGUUUAUAGCAGCAAUAUCAUUGUCCAAGGCAUCACUAUUUUAGCUCCAGUAAAAUCACCAAACACUGAUGGGAUCAACCCAGAUUCUUGCACAAACAUGAAAAUUGAAGACAACUACAUUGUAUCUGGAGAUGAUUGUGUUGCAGUUAAAAGUGGUUGGGAUGAAUAUGGUAUAAAUUAUGGGAUGCCAACAAGUCAACUGAUCAUCAGGCGCCUUACCUGCAUUUCUCCUUAUAGUGCUGCAAUAGCAUUAGGAAGUGAAAUGUCAGGUGGGAUUCAAGACGUUAGAGCUGAGGACAUCACGGCUAUCAACACGGAAUCAGGGGUGAGGAUCAAGACUGGUGUUGGCCGAGGCGGUUUUGUUAAAGAUGUAUAUGUCAAAGGGAUGACAUUGCACACCAUGAAAUGGGUAUUUUGGAUGACAGGCAACUAUGGACAACAUGCUGACACUCACUGGGAUCCUAAUGCAUUACCAGAGAUAAAAGGGAUCAAUUACCGGGAUGUUGUGGCUGAAAAUGUGUCGAUGGCUGCUCGUCUUGAGGGGAUUUCAGGGGAUCCAUUCACCGGUAUCUGCAUUUCAAACGUGACGAUAAGUAUGGCAAAGAAGGCUAAGAAGUAUCCGUGGACUUGUACUGAUAUUGAAGGAAUUACAAGUGGUGUGCAGCCUCCACCUUGUCAGUUGUUGCCUGAUCAAGGUCCAGAAAAGACAGAAAUGUGUAGUUUUCCUACAGAGAAUUUGGCCAUUGAUAACAUAGAGAUGCAAAGAUGUUCCUAUAGAUUGAAUUACUGAUAAGCUAUCCAAAAUGUAUUAGCAAUAUAACUGUAAUGAACUAUCUGAAAUUUUAGUGCUUUCAUCU